AUGGCUCUGUCCUGUUUUGAAAAUGGAGACUAUAUGACUGCCGUUUUUUGCGAUCUUAGCAAGGCGUUUCACUGCGUACAACAUGAUUUACUGUUACAAAAUUCUUCAUUAAUUCGAACAAUUUUAUGUGAUGCUCAUGAUGCCGGAAAGCGAUUUCACGUGAUAGUUUUGGAUGCAAAACCUUUGCUGGAAGGUCGCGAAAUGUUGCGACGUUUAGUGUGUCAUGGUAUUGAUUGCACUUACGAGUUAAUUCAUAUUGUUAGUCAUAUAAUGCGUAGAGCUACGAAAGUGCUUUUUGGAGCGCACGCUCUUUUGGCAAAUGGGGCGGUAUUUUCUCGGGCUGGAACUUCGCAAGUGGCGUUAGUUGCGCAUAAAUUUCGUAUACCGAUUUUGGUUUGUUGCGAAACUUAUAAAUUUUCGGAGAAAGUUCAAAUGGAUUGUUUUGUUUACAAUGAAAUAGAUGAUCCGAAUAAAGUGAUAAAUACAGAAUGUCCAAACGAUGAUAAUCAGUGCGUUUUGAAAAAUUGGAAACAAAAAAAGUUUUUGAAACCGCUCACCUUGGUUUAUGAUAUAACUCCGCCGGAAUUUGUGACUGGAGUGGUAACUGAAUUAGGUUAUUUACCAAGUACAAGUGUUCCUGUUGUUUUGAGGAAGAAAAAGAUAAUUACUUAAAAUGAUUUGUAUUAUAACUUUUCACUUUUCUUAAUAAAUAUUUGUAAAUAAACGGCA